GGCUGCAAUCGGAUGUAUUUUGUUCUUCUAUUUAGGGCCUGCAGAGGCGGAGCCUUGAUGACGCAGCCCGGAGACUGAGUCCUCGUCAGCUCAUGACAACCAGGCCAGAAGUUUCUCAGUAAUCCUGUUUGCCAACAACUGUAGGGGCGCCAUGGCCACCCCGCGCACGUUUGACUCCAGCACCCCGUUCGCCAUCGUGACCGGAGGCUCCGAGCUCUCGUUUCUCGGCAAAGAGGACGACGGCCGGGGAUGCGGGGACGAGGGGGACGGAGACUCGCUGGUCCAGGCCAUCGGGCCUCACCUGAGCCGGGUGAUGCAGCGCGGCACGGCCAACCACGUGGUCGGCGAGGAGGGCGUCUCCAUCGUGGCGCAGGCCGAGAGAGAAGACUUUCAGGAGUUCAGCCCCACAAAGACACGGUGCCCUUACUCAAGAUCUCAGCUGCUCAGAAAGCACAGGUCGCUCGGCGUGAAAACUGCUCCCCCGAGUGACACGGAGGACGAGGACUUCCACGCGGCGGCCCAGCUCCCACCGCAUCACCUCCGCAGGAAACGGCGCCGGAAAAUCCGAAGCCCAGCGGCUGGGGAGCGACCUCCGAUCAUCCGGGGUCUGUGGGUGCAGGAGAUCGAUUGGCUGAAGUCGGCGUGCAAAGAGGCCGCGUCUUUCCCCGCCGCCGAGAUCAUCCCGCCUCCUCCUCAGUUUACCGACUGCAGCUGCCGCGCAGGCCGGGGCGGCGAGGACGGGUCCCCGGCGGAGGACGGGUCCCCGGCAGAGGACGCCAGAGGAGGCUCAGACUCGGACUGCAGUUUGGAUCGGGACUCCGAGUCUCUUUACACUCACGAGAGCGAGUCGGGCUCCUCCUGUGCCGCGGAGGACGCCACGCGGGCGCCAGGUGGUUUGGAGGUCGACGCCAGGAUGUCAAAUGUGGCCUUUGACCUGAUGCAAGUGUCUGGUUUUAGGUCUUCAUCUCAUGCAGGGUGGGAUUCGGGCUCUGAAGGGUGUGUUCGGAGCCCUGUGGGAGUCUCUGGAUCCAGCCCACAGAAGGCAUCCCAGCAUGCCUAUGGCGUGGAUGACAUGAGGGACGCUGACGUGGUUUUGGGCGCCCUGAGAGGACGAGUCACACAGCUGCCCAAGCUCUUUGUUUCACCUUUCUUUAGAGAUUUGAUCAAACAGACUCUGAACUGGGAGAGCAGCACGCCUGGCAGUGAAGGACUCUUAUUUCAUCACCUUCUUCAGCCCAGCUGUUGUGAGUACCGGGAGGGAGAGGAGUACUGCGUCCUUCACCGCAUACAGAGCGGGUCCUACGGGGACGUCUUCUGUGUCCGGGACAAAAGGACUAGGUUCAAAUGUGCUGCCAAGAGGAUCCCAGCGAGUCACUUCAGCAGCGAGGAGGUGAGCACGUGGAGCGCCCUCAGCUCUCCUCGCGUGGUGGAGCUCUUCGGGGCUGUGAGGGAGGGCCCCAACAUUGUGCUCUUCAUGGACUUGAAGCCAGCAUGUUUGUCCCAGCUCCUAAAAGACAUGAGCUCCCUCCCUGAGGACUUGGCCCUGCACUACUUCCACCAGUCACUGGGGGCACUGGAGCACCUGCACCACAGAAAGGUCCUGCACCUGGACAUCAAAGCUGACAACGUGCUGCUGUCGGCAGACUGCAGGGACACGUUCCUCUGUGACUUUGGUCUCUCGGAGACGUUGGACGACAGCGGAAGGAGCGCCGGCGCCUUCAGAGGAAGCGCCCUCCCCGGCACGGAGAGCCACAUGGCCCCCGAGGUGGCCCGAGGGGACCCGCUGUGUGCCAAGGCGGACGUGUGGAGCAGCUGCUGCAUGCUGCUGCACAUGCUCAACGGCUGCCCCCCGUGGACACGCUACUACUCCCCCCCGCUCUGUCUGCAGAUCGUCAACCAGCCAGCUCCUCUGUGGGAGGUGCCGUCCAACUGCAACAACUUCACGGCCAAAGUGUUCCGGGCCGGACUCCAGAAGGACCGCGACAGACGGGCCUCGGCCAAGGAGCUCCGCAGGAGGACCACCAAAGCCCUCCGAGCAGUUGGGGGUCUGAGUUCCUGGUCCGUCCAAAGAGCCCGCGAUGAUCUGCGGAAUGACCAGAGCCAGGACGAGGGCCGCGCCUGCCCUUCUCCGCCCGGGGUCAACCCGCCCACAACCCGGGCCCCGAUGCACUGGGUGAGUCCCUGGAGGACCACGGCGGUGGAAGAGGACAGCAGCGACUCGGUCCGAGACUCCGAGGCGGAGAUGGACCUCUUCAGCGGGGAGUGGGAGUCCGGGCCGAAGUCCCUGCAGGACGGAGAGGACUGGCACUCCGAUUCAGAGGUGGACAUCUACAUGGCAGAGGAGGAGCACCUGCAGAAAAAGUGGUUGAAAAGUGAAAGGGACUACGAGGGGGAUUGGGAGGAGGAAAGAGAGGAGGAGGAGGAGGAGGAAGAGGAGUGGGACUCCUCCACGUCUACAGAGUAUCUCCGGGCUCUCAGAGGCAUUUUCCCGCUGCUGCAGAAAGGCCAGCAGACAAAAGACGACUCGUGGGGAUCAGAGCCAGAGCUGAAAAACCUCAGAAAGGAGGCCGUGAGCGCCACCCAGCCGCCGUCCCCCGAACCCCGAGAUGACCCCCCCUCCUGUUUCAGCUGCUCGGACACGUCGCGGAUGGACGCCUCAGACAAGGAGUCUGAUCGCUCCUCUGAUGAUCUGAGCUCUGGAGUCUUCUCCUCCUGCAACAGCCGGACAAAAGGACAUCUGGAGUGGUCGGCCUCGGCCAAUCAGCCGUCUUCGUACUGCUUUGAAGGUGUCGACAUCUGGAUCGAGAACGUCCGAGGCGAGUGUCUCAGGAUCCGCGAGCGUCGGCAGGUCAAAGUGGGCCACGUCGCCGUCGGGAUCAGCGAGCAGGUCUCGGGGGAGGCCUUCACCCUGGAGACUCUGGACAGGAAGGCAGUGUCCUUGGAGCUGGAGAUCAGGGAGUCCUGCCUGUGGCUGCGCUGCGUCCCCGCUCCGGACCGCUGUCGGCGCUGGAGGUGGAGGGUCACGGACGGCAAGCUGGAACUCCGAGAAUGAGACCCGUCUUUGACCUGUUGUCUCAUUUAGUCAUCGAUCGCAGGAACACGUGACGAUGUGACCGAUAGUAUGAACAUUAGGGUUCAUGGGUCAUUUAAUGUCCUUUUGUACAGUCUGAUGCGGGACCACGAGGGAUCGGGUCUCUGGAGACUCAACGGUCGCCGAGGUGUGAGAAACCGUGGACAGCCAGGUGCAUGCUGGGUAGUGGACUAGCCUCCGGUUUGCCGGGUUAACUUGGCCUCCAUCUCAACACUCUUCCCUCUUUCUGUGUGUAUAUAUACAUUAUUUGUAUUUAUAUAAAUAUAAGGACAGCUGGUGCUUCUUGGUGAGUUUUUGAGUUGUGGUUUAGUCAGAUUUGAUUUUAAAGAUGACUUUCUGUCAUUUAAAAAGAUUCAGGUUUUAUAAUGAGUAAAGCUACUAAACACUAUGAGCUACUGUAGUGACGCGUGAGCCCUGUAGACAUUAAUACUUGAACGUUUAGAACUUAAUAAAAAUAAUGACCUCUUUGGCCUUUGACCUCCGAGCUGAUGAAGGGAGAGACGUUAACACCAAUAAAUAGAAGUCAUGUGACCGCAUCACGUGUGAAAGAUUACAGGAUCCAGACGUCUGAACUCUGAAUACAGAGGACACUGCUGUAAGAAUUUGAAAUGAUUGUGUCUGGAGUUUGUUUUUAUAUUAUGUUAUUAUAGUUGUAGUCAACAGUUAAAAACUUUUAAUCGAUAUUUGAUGCGCUGAUUUCAUUGCUUUUGUAUUUAGACUCUAUCUUUUGACUGAACUUUAAAACAACGCUCACACCAUCACAGGAAAUGAGAUUCACUGAAAAUACUGUUUAAUAAAAUACUUAAAAUUUCAA